AUGUGGUCCCUUUUCGUCGUUUUGCAGCUUCUGGACGCGGCAGAGCGCAAUAUGAAUCUUAUUGGCAAGCAGUGGUCGUUCAGCGUUCUAGAGCUAGAGCAAGAAGUGAACGAUGCCAGUCGACAGUUCAUCCCAAGGGAGCUGACGCUUGCGCUCAUGCUUCUGGACGCGGCAGAGCGCAAUAUGAAUCUUAUUGGCAAGCAGUGGUCGUUCAGCGUUCUAGAGCUAGAGCAAGAAGUGAACGAUGCUCUCUUUGUAGUAGGGGCCGCCCUUCUGGGCCCCGUAGUGACAGACUGGGGCUGUUGCAACAACGAACUGUGUCAGUUUCUGCGUACCUUGCAGUGCCAGUAUCAGCCAAAUCCUUACCACAACCAGUUGCACGCAGCCAUGGUGGGGCAUGCCGCAGUUAGCCUCGCGAAUAUGCUGGGCAUUUGGCAGAUAAUGGAACCGCUAGAGCAGGCUGCACUGGCAGUUGCCGCCUUGGCUCACGAUGUUGGGCAUCCCGGCCGCACCAAUCAAUUCUUCGUGGCUUGCUUUGACCCAUUGGCUAUCAUCUACAACGACAUCUCCCCUCUUGAGAAUUUCCACUCUUGUUUGUGUUUUCGCAUUCUUGAAAGGAGGAACUGCAAUAUUUUUUUUUUGUUGUCGGUCGGGGGGUUCCGUUUUGUGCGGUCGAAGAUCAUCGAGUGUAUCCUUAGCACCGACAUGAAGCAGCACUUUGAGGAUAUUUCAAAGUUUCGCAUGCGGCGACAAAGCGAAGAGUUCUCCUUUCGAAAUUCAGCUGAAGACAGAUGGGCCACCCUGCGCAUGUGCGUCAAAUUGGGAGACCUCUGCCACACUGCCCUCCCCUGGUCCGACCACUUUGUUAUGUCGUGCGCCAUCACGGAGGAGUUUUACCAGCAGGGAGACGAAGAACUGCGACGGGGUAUGUCGGUAUCGCCACUGUGCAGCCGGGCGGCCCAAAUGGAUAUUGCAAAGUCGCAAGAAAGUUUCUUGUCGUUUGUAGCUCGACCGCUUGUUGCUGAAUUGGUUGAGUUGGAUGGCCACAAACAGAUGGCGUACGUCUCUUGUGUGCUGUCCACUUUGGACGACAACAUGGAGCGCUGGAAAGCGUUGGCGGCGGAUGGCACAUCCGUAUCCUUACCGGCGACAAACAAGCAAACUCAACAGCCUUUGGUGGAAGCAGGGAAUUACGACAGACAGUGGCAGUACUUCAUGGAUGGACAAACGAAGUUUGAACUUGAAGCAAAAGACAGGGAAAACAAUGCCUCUCUGCACUGGACAGAUCUGAUUGAGGCUCUAGCCUCAAAUUACCGCUUCCCAAGCGGCUCAAGCAGCCGCAGUUUCUGGCGCUGCUGA